AUGGAGUCCCCGCUGAAGCUGGUGGUUCUCCUCCUCACACUCUGCUGCUGCAGUGCUCAGCGUGUUGACUACAUAACUCCACAUUCUGGAAGUUCUAUGGGAGCGACAAAAAUAACCAUUCAUGGAGCCGAUUUUGCCGUGGCAAAUCAGGUCCAGUUGAAUCCGAACGAAGAGUCAGGCAACAGAGUGACAUUGGUGUCUGACAAAAUGUCGGUCAUCUGCGAUGUGGAGAGAGACUCGACGCACAGAAACCAGAUCAUGUGUUACACCAGACCCUUACCAAACGAUAGAUAUUAUGUCCGUGUCACUGUGAAUGGCAAACCAGUUCCUGACAACAAACUAUGCUAUGGUUCUCCCAACUCAUACUGGUGCGGCUUCACUGUCGUCUGGUACACCACACCUUCCGUCAACGUCAUGACUCCAAAGAGUGGUCACCCAGGCUCCCUGGUGAAUAUGUCAGGCCUGAUCUUCACCGACGUGUUUGGUAGUAACACAAGGCUGAGCUCAAACGGCCGGAAUGAAAGAUUCCUGAGAGUCUACAUGGGAGGACAACCAUGCGACCUGUUAAAACCAAACUCAGAUGAUCUAUAUCACCUGCGACUGAAUACCGAGAAUUCCCUGUGGGGCGAAAUGAGCUGCAGAGUGACAGGGACGUAUGUUGGGCAUCAAAACUUGACUUACAUUCUCACCAUGGGAAGGUCUACAAUAAAAAAGGACCAGAUGGUGCUCUGGGGAUCGAACAGACUCGCCAUGUUCCAGAGCUAUGCAGAGGUGACCGGAAUCUCCCCCAAAAAUGGGAGCAUCAUGGGAGGGACGCUGUUGACCGUUCAUGGCCACUUCUUUGAUGAAACGGACGCACCAGCACGUGUUCUUGUUGGAGGCCUGCCAUGUGACAUCCAGAGUGUGUCCGAUGACAGAAUAACGUGCAGAACGGCCAUGCAUGAGAUGAACAACAAUAUGACAGUGUUCCCGGGUGGAAGAGGCUUAAAGAUGGAAACGUGGAACAACUCAAAGCCCAAGUCCAUGGACGAGAUCUUCACAUACGACGAGCACACACCAGGAUACCAGAGCAAAUGGCUCAAGGAAUUCCCCGUUGACUUUAAUCGUGGUUGGGAUUUUUUCACCACACGGAUCAGUGGCUUCAUCGCCCCCAAGUUCAGCGGCAACUACAAGUUCUUCAUCAACUGCGACGACAAAUGUGAGCUCCACCUCAGCAACACCAGCAGUCCUGAAGAUAAGGUGAAGGUCUCCUCCAAACCAUAUUUUACCCACAGCCUGUUUAAUUCCCAAACGUCUGACUGGGUGUAUCUGGAGGAAGGAAAUUAUUACCACAUUGACCUUGUGCAUCAGGAAUAUGGCCAUCACGCUUAUAUCAAAAUGGGCCUGUACUAUGAUAAUAGCCCCUUUACAGAAGACCAGACAAAUGAUGCUGUGAAUGAGGUUCAGAGCAUUAUUGCUGAACAGGAAGUGUUCGAUGAGGAACAGGUUGUUACCUUUGGACUCUGGUCAGAGGACGUUUCCGCAGUCAAAGAGGUCCAGAAGGUCACCGUCAACAGCAGCUGUGCCAGCCAUCAAUGUUCAGGCACCUUCUUCAGCCUCGGCUAUGGAGAGGCAAAGACUGGACCUAUCCCCGUCACUGCCUCACCUGGAGUGGUGGAAGCAGCCCUGAACGACCUUUACUCCAUCAAACCCGACACCGUCCAGGUCACCAAACAGGACGCUACCCAAGGCUCCUCCUACACGGUCACAUUCAAUUCUGUGAGAGGGGAUUAUGAUCUUCUUAAAGCCGUGCCUUACAGCGCUGACACUAACGUCACUGUCGAUGAGGUUACAAAGGGGAAAAGCAACAUGGAGACCUUCACUCUGCUUUGGGGGGGAAUCCCUACAAAACCCAUCCCGUACAACACCACAGAGUCCGAGGUGCAGUCAGCUCUGGAGGAUCUGAUCAAAGCGGAGUGUCCUGGUGAGAUUGUCACCACUGAAGGAACAGAUGUGAAGCUCUUCAAGGAUUAUGAAAACGACUACUCUCAGUACGACGGUGGCCAGAAGGGGACUGCGGUGAAAAUGGGCUUCUGUGGCCAGUGGUCUCUGAAGAACCCUGGAGUCCUCUUCAAGGACAGUUUCUCCAAAGAGUCUGGUGGCACGUACGGAGCAGUUCCAUUGGACAAGUAUCCCGCGCUUUGCUUUGCAUACAAGGGAACGUUGAAGAAUGAAGUCGGAGUGAGGUUCACUUACAGAAACAGCCAAGGCCAAACCAGCAAAGAGACGGCAAAGAUCGUCGCUCUGUUCGCUAAGGGAGACGGGUGGAGUUACACAUGCUUAGACCUGAAGACGUCCCUGCAGACAGAAUACACCGGAAGCAAUUUUGAAAUGCUGGAGUUCAACCUCUACAAAGACGAGUCUGCUGCAGAUUUCUACGUGGAUGCCGUUCACAUGGGAAAGAAUCCCACCACCCGCAAUACAUUCGUUGUUCCCCUCUUGAGGAGACCUCCUCCCUUUGAGGACGAGGGUCAGACCUUUGGGGUGAUUUCUGUUAGCAGAGGAGCCUCGACUGCUCCCAAACUCAGCUACGAGAUCAAAGCGAGACCCGACCAAUGUGCGUUUGGGUUCCCACUGCUGGAAGUUGGCUUCAUGCAGAUGUCUAAUAACAGCGAGGACACGGCUGAGUUCCAGGAUGUGUCAGCCACCGCCACCGUCUCUGUCACUCGCACUCACAGAGCCACUCCUCCUCUCAAAGGCUCCUUCGACUUGGAGUUUAAUGGCGAGACUGUUGAAGGUCUGUCGGUGGACAUCAGCGAGAAGGACAUGAUGUACGCUCUGCAGGGGAUCGCAGGGAUGGGUCAGGUCGACGUCCGUCAGCGGGGAAACUGCAGGAGACCGCACUGGUGGGUGAAGUGGCUCACAAACCCUGGAAACCAGCCUCUGAUAAAGGUGAACGACUCGAUGGUUGUCGGCAACAAGCCAAGCGUUUUUGUCCGUGAGAGGACAAGAGGAGGUGUGAGGAUGCGUAGCCUGCCAGCAGACUUGCUUCGUGUCCCGGAACCCAAAACACAGGUUUUGGUCCUCAUCAAUGACAUCAUCUCGAUGUGUUCUGGGGACUGUGGGUUCGAGUAUUCAGUGGAGAAGACUCCGGUUUUGACUGGAAUCAGCCCGACUCAAGGAUCGAAUGGCCUGGGGACUCUUCUGACGGUCACCGGGACCGGCUUCAGUGACGAACAUGCCGACAUCUUUGUGGGAAACGCCAGAUGCCACGUUGAACAGAUCACAGACACCACUCAGGUGUGCAGGCUCGGCAGCUUGGGCGCUGGUACCUACCGGGUGUCCGUCAGCUUCCCGUCUCUGGGUAACACGAGCUCCCCUGAUGGCAAAAUGUUCUACUUCACCUACCUGGCCAGCGUUUCCUCUUUCUCGCCGCUCUCUGGAAGUCUGGCAGGAGGCACCCUGCUGACAGUGACAGGUUACGGCUUCAGCCAGGACUCCACAGUUACUGUCGGUGGAAAGGAGUGCACCGUCGUAAACGCCGGUGACACUGAGCUGAAGUGCAGAACUCCAGCGGGAUCUGCAGGAUCUGAGGCGGUCAUGGUGAUGGUUGGAAACAUGAGUCUGACUGCCAACAGCUCUUUCACAUAUGAUAGUGACCUCACCCCGCAGAUCUCAAGCAUGAGUCCCAACACGGCAUAUGUGACCGGAGAACAAGUUCUUACCGUCACUGGUUCAAACCUGGGAGGACGAGACAACGACAGCGUGGUGUUAGUCGGUGCCAAGAGGUGCAUGAUAGUGCAAUGGACAGCGACCAACAUCCAGUGUACGCUCCCCGUGCUGCCACCCGGUGUGUACGAGGUGCACGUGCAGGUCGGCAACAACGGCUACCCACAGACAAGCGGAGUGAGCACCGACAUUAAAUACAUCCUGGAAAUUCACGACGUCUCCCCGAGGUUUGGCUCUUUGUUCGGAGGAACCAGGCUGACCGUCUCUGGAUCUGGUUUCAGCAACAACACCCUCGACAACCACGUCUCUGUCGGAGAAGCUGAGUGUGAAGUGACGGCAGCGUCAGACAAUGAGCUGCAGUGUGAGCUGAAGUCGACGGAGAAGACCCACAUGGUCACCAACCAGGGCACACACCACACUCAUGGGCAGGGGUAUGCAUGGGACCCCACCUCUCUGACAGUGUGCGUUGGAGACACAGUAAAGUGGCGUUGGGAAGCUCCGGCCUUCCAGAAAGUCGGCUACAGUGUGUUCAGUGUGACGGCACCAGGGGGCGCCACCUACGAGAACGGACCAUUCAACAGCGGAGACCAGACGACAACAGGGUUUUUCAGUUACCGCUUCACCUCGCCUGGCGAUUACUACUACAGCAGUGGCUACAUCGAUGUCAAAAAAUACAGGACCCUGCAGGGGGUCGUGAAAGUCAAGGCUUGUGAGGGAAAGAGCAGAAAGGUCUCCGUCAUGACUGGAGGCGUUGAGGCCGAACACGUUAGAGGAGGUUCUAACAGUGGCUCCACAGCAGUCCAGCAGUGCGUCGCCUCCACGCAGUGCCAACAGAACACCAACACUUCAGACAUCAUUUCAUUCAGCUCCACCGCCUGCGCCACCCCGACAGUGACCUCCAUCUCCCCCAACCAGGGGACGUACCACCAGGUCGUCCACAUCGAGGGCGCGGGUUUCAGCGACACUGCCUGCGCUAAUGAGGUGACAGUGGGAGAUCAGUCCUGCCAGGUGAUCAACAGCUCUAACUCAGAGAUCUACUGUCAGCUAAGCAAAGACAACAGACUCUCCACGGGUGUCCCUCACCCCGUAGCCGUCAGAGUCAACAACCUCGGGAACGCCAUCGUCGCUGUGCCGAAAGAGCUCCAUCGGCGUUUUGUGCUUCUGCCUGUGAUUGAUUCCGUCUGGCCUCGAAGCGGCAGCUCCACCGGCCACACUCGACUCCUCGUUCACGGCUCGGGCUUCUCUGAAGGACAAGUGACAGCGGCCGACCACCUGUGCUCUGUGGUCACGCUGAACUACACCUCUAUUGUCUGUGACACCUCGCCUUCUCAGCCGCGCUCUGGUGAUGUAGUCUUCCACGUGGGCAGGAUCCAAAGCUCCUGUAAAUCAAGCUGCUCCUUCGAGUAUUCUUCCUCCAUCACGCCUGAGCUCACCAGUAUUUCCCCCGAUAGCAUCAGCGGGCCGUCCUCCCUCACCCUCUCUGGCUCUGGGUUCGGCUCCGACAGCGGUGACGUGGCAGUGUUUGCUGGCAGCACAGAGCUGGAGGUCACCGGGGUCACUAAUGGCAGCAUUUCAGCGACGGUCGACGCUCUUUCUGCGGGCGACCAUGAAGUCAGUGUGAUCCUGAGAAGCAUCGGUCUUGCUAGAGGUUCAGUCACCCUCACCAGCAACGCCACAGCCGUCCUCAACCCCAACGCGGGCAGCCUGGCAGGAGGGACCAAUCUGGUCCUCACUGGAAACGGCUUCGCUCCGGGCAACACCAGCGUGAUGAUCGGCGGCAAGCCCUGCGAGAUUCAGGAAGUGACGCCGGCGCGUCUUCGCUGCCUGACACCUCCUCACAGCGAGGGAGUGAAGACUGUCAGCGUCAAAGUGUUUUCAGUCAAUUACCCGCCUUUCAGCUUCAACUACUCGAAAGACAAAACUCCUUCUAUCAUCUCCAUCAGCCCUGCCACUGGGCCGAGUGGGACCGUCAUCACCCUGACAGGUUCAGGAUUCCACAACGACUCUCAGCAGGUCCAGGUCACCAUAAAUGAUGCCCCUGCAUUCUGUCUCGCUGUCUACCUCAUGUGUUAUUCAGGCAGUUUCGCUGGCGGCGCUCUGCUCUCCGUGCAGGGGUCCGGCUUUGACCCGGACAGAUCCACGGUGAGGAUCUGCGGAGAGGAGUGCAACGUUAACAGAAACAUGUCGACAUCGACACGUCUGUACUGCGAGUCUCCAAACAACAGCACUGAGUCAGAGGCGAGCUGCGAGGUUGCAGUCUACAACCAGAACGAUGCCGUCAACACAUCGAAUGGCUUCACCUACAAAUCUCAGCUGACUCCGGUGAUCUCUGAGGUUUCUCCGCGCAGAGGAGGCACCGCUGGAGGCACGCUGCUGACAAUCACAGGCUCCGGUUUCAGCACCGACCAAAGCAAAGUCAAAGUGACCAUCGCAGACUCUGGGUGCGACGUUCAGUCCACCACCAGCACACAGAUCACCUGUGUGACGAAUGCUCAGCCAAGGUCUCAGGAAACCAAAGUCAGAGUCAGCAUCGGAGAUCAAGGCAUCGCUAAGAUGGAGAAUGCAGAUUUCUUCUACGUUGACGUGUGGUCAUCCAGGUACACAUGGGGGGGUCAGUCUCCACCUGAGAAAGGCACGUUUGCUGUCAUCACUAAAGGACAGACCAUCCUGCUGGACACCAACACUCCAGUUCUGAAAAUGCUCCUGAUCCAAGGAGGGGCGUUGGUUUUUGACGAAGCGGACAUCGAGCUACAGGCGGAAAACAUCCUGAUCACAGACGGCGGUCGGCUCGAGGUCGGUCGAGAGGGGGCGCCAUUCCAGCACAAAGCCAUCAUCACACUUCAUGGACACCAGCGCUCGCCUGAACUUCCUAUGUACGGUGCUAAGGCAAUCGCUAUCAGAGAGGGCGUGCUGGACUUGCAUGGUAAACCAGUCGCUGAUACGUGGACCCACCUCGCACAGACGGCAGCUAAGGACUCCAAGACACUGACCCUGAUGAAGGCGGUGACGUGGAGCGUCGGAGAUGAAAUUGUCAUCGCCUCCACAGGCCACAGGCACAGUCAGAGAGAGAACGAGAAGAAGACGAUAGCCGCCGUGUCAGCCGACGGAAAGACUCUAACUCUGGAAGAAGCGCUGGAGUACGCUCACCUCGGGGUGACCACCACACUGCCUGGUGGGAAGACGUUUGAUGCCCGAGCUGAGGUGGGUCUCCUCAGCAGGAACGUCGUGGUACGAGGUUCCAACAACAAAGAAUGGAACACGGAGAUUGAAGCCUGUCCUGCUGGCUUUAACACAGGUGAAUUCCAGACCCAAACGUGCUUCCAAGGCAGGCAUGGAGCCGAAGUAGGCAGCGAUCAGUUUGGAGGCACCAUCAUGUUUCACUCACCCACACCAGAUCGUGAUCGUGUAAAGGGCAGGAUUGAAUUUGUUGAGCUGACCUACAUGGGACAGGCCUUCAGGCUGGGGCGUUAUCCCAUCCACUGGCAUCUGAUGGGAGACUUGAACUACACAUCGUACGUGCGAGGUUGUGCCAUCCACGAGACCUUCAACAGGGCAGUUACCAUCCACAAUACCCACAGGCUGCUGGUGGAGCACACCGUCAUCUACAACAUCAUGGGCGGGGCCUUCUUCAUUGAAGACGGCAUUGAGACGGGGAACAUCCUGCAGUACAACCUGGCUGUGUUUGUCAGACAGAGCACCAGCCUGCUGAACGACGACGUCACUCCCGCCGCCUACUGGGUCACCAAUCCCAACAACAUCAUCCGACACAAUGCCGCCGCCGGGGGCACCCACUUCGGCUUCUGGUACCGCAUGCACGAGCACCCGGAUGGCCCGUCCUUUGACGGAAGCAUCUGCCAGAAAAGGGUUCCUCUCGGCGAGUUCCACAACAACACGGUGCACUCCCAGGGCUGGUUCGGCCUCUGGAUCUUCCAAGACUACUUCCCCAUGAAGGGCGGCACCUGCAGGUCCAAAACCCCAGAGCCUGCUGUCUUCCACUCCCUCACCACCUGGAACUGCGAAAAAGGUGCCGAGUGGGUCAACGUGGGCGCUGUGCAGUUCGACAGCUUCCUCAUGGUCAACAACGAGAAAGCCGGCAUUGAAGCCAAGCGUAUCUUCCCGUGGGCUGUGAGCGGCACAGGAAGGGAAGGAGGGGCUGGGGUGUUCAACAGCAUCAUCGUGGGCCACCUAAUGGAGCUCGGAGGGUUCGAGACAGAAACCCGUACCCGGGGUAUCAUCCUGCCAUUCGACGACGGCAUGGUCGUCCUGAACACUACGCUCAUCAACUUCGACCAGGCCUCUUAUGCAGCCUUCGGGGUAACCACAGUGGAUGGGACAUGCGUUGAAAGAUGUGGCGGCUGGUCUGCCCUCUUCGGCGGUAUCAAGUAUUUCAAUUCACCCAACAAGUGCGGCUUGAAGUGGGAGUUUGAGGUGCAGAUGGUGGACACAGAUGGUUCCCUCACAGGAACGGUUGGGAACAAAGUGGUGUCCAACAGCUCGUUGUUGGACCCAGCUCACUGUACACACAGUGAGGAGUGGAGCAACGGUUACCCCGGAUACGUGUGCGACGACACCGUUCACUUCCACCGUCUGGCACUCAACAACCCUUCCCCAUCUUCUCUGAAUCCUAAGAAUAUCCUGCUCACCAACGACUAUGGUACCAGUGCAGUUCCAUACAAGGAGAAGAGACUGACUCAUAAGAAGGGCUGGAUGGCCUUGGUGCCCUCUGGGAAAACGUACCUCAUGAACUUUGAAAACGCCUUCCAAAUCACCAAUCUCUCAUACACUGCAACCUUCUACGGCUUCAAGCAAGAUCAAUAUGUGAUCAUCAAACACAACCUCACUCAGAGUCCGGACAGUUUCUACAUCAUAGAUAAGAGGAACGGCUCGGAGUCGCCGCUCAGCUACAGCGAGAAUGAAAGUGGCGACUGGCACUUUGAGGAAAGCUCCAAAAGUCUCUCCUACAUCUUGUCCGGGAAGACGAGCAAGCGUCGUCGUCGUUCCAGCGUGGACCGCUCCAUGAAAGACUUUAAUGUGAACUUGAAAGUCUAUCGCUGCUUCUUCCCCGACUGCAUCCAAGGAACACCUCCGCCCCCGGCCACGCUGCCCCCCUUACCAAGCCGCCGGCCCGACAACUUCAUUCGCUGGUCUAACGCCUCUUUCUGGGAAAAUUCAGCUGAGAAUAACUUCACUGUGCCAGCAGAGGGCGGUGAUGUCGUCAUCCCGUCAGGUGUGUGGAUGGUUCAGGACGCCGACACUCCUCCCCUCAACAAGCUGACCAUUACUGGAGUUCUUGAGAUCCCAGACACCUCGAUGAACGUGUCCAGCCGACAGAGCCGAGCCGCUCCAAAUACAACUGUGGUGCUGGACGCAGUCUACAUCUCCAUCCAGGGCGGCAGAAUGAUCGCAGGAUGGGACGACGAGCCGUUCAGGGGUCAGCUGCACAUCAAACUCAGAGGACGCCACAACACCCCGGACUGGCUUCUGCCUGCCGGUCCAAACCAGGGAUCCAAAGUCUUAGGUGUGUUUGGUACUCUGGAGCUCUACGGACAACCUCACAAUGUGUCCCACACCAAACUGUCUGCUACUGCUGUCGCUGGAUCCAACAAGCUGAGCCUGAGGGAGUCUGUGGACUGGCAGGUUGGAGAGGAGAUCGCCGUCUCCUCCAGCAGCUACAACGCGCGGGAGACUGAAAAACACAAGAUAAGCGCUGUGUCAGCAGACGGCCGGGAACUGACCCUGGACCAGCCUUUGACCCACAGACACAUCGGUGAGACUCACUCUGUCUCAGGUACGUCGUACUCCUACACGCUGGCAGCUGACGUCGCUCUCCUGACCAGAAACAUUAAGAUCAUCGGUGAGGAGUACGAGGACAUGAUGAAGGAGUCGUUCGGAGCCAGACUGUUGGUGGGAUCCUUCAUGUCAGAAGGAAUCAACUACAGAGGGAAAGCUCAGAUCAGGAACGUGGAGUUCUACCGCUCGGGUCAGGAAGGCUGGACCGACUCCAACGACCCUCGUUAUUCUGUGGCCUUCCUCAACCUGGGAGAGGUUAAAGAGGACGAAUCGUACAUCCAGGGUUGUUCUUUCCACGACGGAUUCUCUCCGGCCAUCGGAGUGUUUGGGACGAGCGAGUUGAAGGUGGACGAUAACGUGAUCCAUCACACUGUGGGAGAAGGUAUCAGAAUUUGGGGGGACAAGAACGUGAGGAGGAACCUGGUGAUGUUGUCUCUGUGGCCCGGCUCGUAUCAGGACAGAGAGGAGGAGUUCAACUUCAACUUUGUUGCCGGCAUCGAGGUCAACAAGGGGACGAACGUCGUGCUGCAGUAUAACAUCGUGGCGGGUUACGAGAGAGUGGCUUAUCGCAUCAAUGGUGAACCGUGCACAGGAAGCGAGAACAAGAUGGAGGGCUGGAUCCACAACGAGGCUCACAGCGGUAUGUUCGCCGGAGUCUUCAUGGACAAAGACGGUUUGCCUGGCUGCAGCCUCAUCAACGACUUCUUCAUAUGGAGGAGCUUCGACUACGGCAUCUACUACCAGACCCCCAGUAGUGUUAUUGUUUCCAACGCAACCAUGGUGGACAAUGGGAUGAGCAUCAUGCCGAUAACCUACGGCCCUCCUUCUCUUUCUCACAAAUUUGCUGAUAAAUUUGCAAGUGUGAAGAAUUCCUUGUUUGUUGGCAGCAGCCCUGACUUUGACUGUUCCGACACUCUGUCAAGCAGCGACUAUAAUGUGCGAGGCAGCGCGCAACAUCGUGCCCCAAGACCGAUCAACGGGGGCAGAUCUGCAAUCUGUUGGCCAAAUUUCCAUUCCGCCCACAACAACGCACCACUAAUGCUCUAUCAUCUGAACAGCAACUACAAUGCCAUCAAAGGCCUGAUGACAGUGGAGGAUACCACGUUCGUUAAUUUCCAAAGCGUGUGCUCGGGCGAGGCAAACAUCAUGUUCAUGACCAACACCGAGAACGAAGACCUGCAUCACCCCGUGCAUGUGUCACGCAUAACCACGGUCGACAGCAUGGAGGACUACAAGGUCUUCAUCCACAGGGCUUCUUUAAAAAAAAUUAACCCGUCAGACUGUGUGGACAUGGACUGUGACGGCAAGAAGAAGACCAUGUUGAAGGACUUGGACGGCUCGUUCCUGGGAUCGGUGGGGACGGUGCUGCCCCAGUCUGAGUUCCAGUGGGGGGGUGAUCCCAGGAGGGGGCUGGGCGACUACCGACUCCCAACAGUCAUGAUCACCAGGAAAGACGGCAGCCCCAUCCCUGUGGACCAGAUCGCUCCAAACAAAGGUAUAAUGAGGAAAAACUGCACUUAUGUGAGUUCCUGGCAGAGCUACAAGUGUUUCGGGCUGAACUACAGGAUGCUGGUGAUCGAGAGUCUCGACCCCGACACGGAGACGAGGCGCCUGUCCCCCGUCGCCGUGCUCGGAGACGGCUUUGUGGAUCUUAUUAACGGUCCGCAGGAUCACGGAUGGUGCGCGGGCUACACCUGCCAGCUGAGAGUGUCGCUGUUCCACAGCAUCAUUGCCACCGGUCACGCCUUUGAGGUCUUCUUCAGCAGCACCAGCCCUCAGAAACUUCGCCUCAUGAUGCUCAACGCCCAUCCAUCCGAGAGCGUCAUAGUGUCAGUGUUCUACUCCAAGCCACAGCGGAUGGACGUGUACUCAGACAACAACUUAAUCGCUCCGACUAAUGCCGAGUGGAACAGUGACAAAACAGACUACGAACUGAAGAAGCCUCUUUAUGCAGGUCAAUACGUCCCCCAACUAAACGCCACCAAGGGCGCCAACUUCUUUGACUUAGAGAACCAGAUGGUUCAGGUCGUCCUGAGAGGCUCCGAUCCUGCUGAAAUCCGAAUCUCUCCGAUCCUCUUCCUCUCCUUCGAUCUGCCCACCCUCACCGAGGACGAGUUCUUCGGAGAAAACCUGGUGCGUAACCUCGCAGCCUUCCUCAAGAUUCCCUCCACUAUGAUCCGGGUCACCAACAUCAUCCGGGAGGACGGAGGCGCGCGACGCAAGAAGAGAUCUACGGGUCUGAAGGUGGAGGUGCAGAUCAAGAAACCUCCGGUCCAGCAGAGAGACAACAGCACCAACGAUGAUGAAGACUUCUCGCAGUUGAGGACCAUAGCCGAUGAUCUGGGUCAGGCAGCAGUGUCCGGAAACCUCAGCAAGUCCAUCGGCUUCAACGUGUCUUCGAUGGGCAUCAUCGCGCCUCCUCCUGCAUCAUCAGACCCAAGCUGGAAGGAGGAAGCUUCAAAAAAUGAGACGAGGGGGGAGGCCGAAGUGAGCUACGUGUCGAGCGUGUCCAAGCUGCUGCUGAUCCUGGACCCGAUAGCCGGGCAGCACGUGGGUCCUCUGCUCCUGCAGCCUAGUCUGAUGGCUGUGGAUGAGAAGGGUAACUGUGUCUCGGUGGGGGUGACCACGCUCACUCUAACAGCCACCCUGAAGGACUCCAGUGGAAACCCCGCAGAAGGACUCGAGGGAAACACCACCAUCCUGUUCGACAGCUGCUGGGCCAACUUCACCGACCUGUCUAUAAUCAACAGCGGGGAGAACCUCACCAUGGUCUUCACGCUGAAGGAAUGGAGCUCAAAGUCGCGCGCCUUCACUGUGAAAGACACUCCGACCACCACCGCCAUGACAACGAUGGCUGCAUCGACCCCCGAGGCCACCACACAGGACGAUAGCCUCUUCAGCUCCAGCACUAAGCUAGCUGCCAGCAGUGCCUGUGUGAUUAGCGUUAUCUACAACAUCGCCUGCUGCUCGUCAGGGUUCACCUGUUAGACGUCUCUGUGAAGCUAAGACGGUGUUAUGAAGGAAAAUGCAACUUCACCCCGAGAAGCUAAAUACAAAGAGGCGAUCCUUAAUAUAUAUGA